AUGCUCCGCGCCGGCGCCCGCCCGGACGCCUUCACACUCCCGCUCCUCAACCGCACUAAGGCGUCCCUCCCCGGCCUCGUUGGCGCCGUCCACUCCUUCGGCGUCAGGGCCGGCUUUGGCGGCAACAUGUACUUCUGCAACACGCUGGUGGCGGCCUACGCGCGGCAGGGGAUGUUGGCGUCCGCGCGGCAGGUGUUCGACGAAAUGCGCGCGCGGGACGUCGUUUCUUGGACGUCGCUGGUGUCCGCGUACGUAGGUGCCGGGGACACACGGGAGGUGUCCCUGUUGGUGUCGGGGAUGAGGAUAAAUGGGUGUGAGCCGAGCGCGGUGACACUCGCUGUGGUGCUCCGGGCGUGCACCUCCGGGAGGGACGUCGCUGGAGGGAGGCAGGUACAGUGUCACGCGGUGAAGAGCGGGUUUGGUGGUGAUGUGCUGGUUCUCAACUCGAUGUUAACGCAUUUGAGUAGGAUGGCUUUCUUGGACGAUGCUGUCAGGCUGUUUGAGCAGUGUCCGAGAAGAGAUGCAGUUUCAUGGAACAUUAUAAUCACGGAGUAUUCUUUAGAGGGGAAUGCUUCUAAGGUUGUUGAUAUGUUUGGAAGGAUGAAAAGAGUGGGAGUGAGUCCAAGCUGUGAGACAUUGACUGUUGUUGUUGCUGCAUUAGCCAAGUCCAGGUGUCUUCAGCUAGGCGAGAAGCUGCAUUCCUUUGCAGUCAGGAGUGGGCUCAUUGACACAAUCUUGGUAGCAUCCUUUUUGGGUUUUUAUGCAAAAUGUGGUGAAUUAGCAUCAUCGGUCCAGUUGUUUGAGGAAUUCAGAGACAAAAGCAGCUGCAUAUGGUCAGCCAUGAUCUGGGCAUUUAUUCACCAUGGACAGUUCUUAGAUGUAAUCCAUCUGUUUCGGAGAAUGAUGGAAUCUUCGUUUGGUCCCAGUGCUGAUGUGGUGCUAGGACUAGUUAGCAGUUACACUGAACUAGGUGCUUUACGGCUUGGUAAAGUAACCCAUGGAUACAUCAUAAGAAAUAAUCAUGUAUCCCUAUCCGAGAGUAGUGCCUUGGCAACAUCUCUUGUCAAGCUCUAUGCUAGAUGUGGUAAGAUUCAUUUGGCAGAAAGGUGGUUUAACAUCAUCCUUCUUAAAGAUAUUGUCUCAUGGAGUUCAAUGAUCGAAGCAUACUCGAGCCAUGGGUAUGUUAGGGAAGCUCUGGCAUUGUUUCAUCAGAUGCUAGAGGAAGAAGUAAGGCCUAAUGGAGUGACCUUCCUGAGCUUGCUGUCAGCAUGUAGUCACACAGGUCUUGUUAGUGAAGCUCGUGAGUUGUUUGAUUGCAUGAAAAGAAAAUUCAGCAUCUCACCGGAACUAGGACACUAUACUUGCAUGGUGGAUGUUCUUGGCCGAUCAGGUAAUCUAGAGGAAGCUUUACAAGUGAUUAGUGACAUGAAGGUUAAGCCGGAUGGCAGAAUUUGGGGUGCUCUCCUUGCGUCAUGCAGAACACACUCGAACUCUAAGCUGGCAUAUUUUGCAGCUCAGAAACUUAUGGAGUUGGAACCAGAUAAUGUUGGGUACCAUGUGGUGUUCAGCAAUGUCCAAGCAGGUGGUGGUAGAUGGAGUGAAGUGGAAGACACUAGAAGUUGCAUGGUAGAUAUGGACAUGCAGAAAUCCCCAGCUUGGAGCUGCGUUGCUGAUAUUGGUAGCCCUUGA